ACUAAUUAUAGGUAUUGGGUUACUCUCUGUAGAUUUCUGCUGCUGCCAAAUUAUGAUAAUCAAGCAUAUGGUUUAGAAACAUUCUUACGCUACAAACCCUUUGAAGCAGAGAUUAUCAGAGUGAGGGAAAGAUGGCUGUAAAUCUUGGAACAAUUAUUCGUAGAUCUCCCUCUUUAGCCCGUUCCAUUAUUUUCAAUCCAAAACCAGUUUCUCCUUUCCGUAACCUUAGUAGAAUUGCUACAUGUUCUGCUACGAGAAGUGGUUUUAGGGUGUGUUCAUCGUGCUUCAUACACACACCCUCUAUAAAUUCCUAUCAUAGAACUGGGUUUAAGGACUUGGGUCUCUCCGGGAUGAAAAUUCGAGACUUGGGUUUGGAUUACUUUCGGGUUUCGGCAGUUUCAGGUGGCGGCGGUGUUGGAGGAACUGGUGGUUUUGGGGGCCAGGGUGAUGGAAAUUCAGGUGGCAGAGGCGAUGAUGGUGGUGGAAGUAACUGGUCUUUGCUUUCCUGGUAUUUGGCUGUUCUUGAGAAGUAUCCAGUGUUUACAAAAGCGGUCACGUCUGCACUUUUGACUUUCGUUGGGGAUUUAAUCUGCCAGCUAUGGAUUGAUCAAGUCUCAACACUGGACUUGAAGCGAACAUUUCUAUUCACUCUCUUGGGAUUUGUGUUAGUUGGUCCCACAUUGCAUUUCUGGUAUUUGUACCUAAGUAAAUUGGUGACCGUGCCAGGAGCAUCUGGAGCUUUAUUGCGCCUUCUGCUUGAUCAGUUCCUUUUCUCUCCCAUCUUCAUUGGAGUUUUCUUAUCUGUACUCGUAACUCUUGAGGGAAGACCAUCAGAAGUAGUACCGAAACUUCAACAGGAGUGGUUUUCUGCUGUAUUGGCAAAUUGGCAAUUGUGGAUACCUUUCCAGUUCCUUAACUUUCGAUUUGUCCCGCAGCAAUUCCAGGUUCUUGUUGCUAAUGUGGUUGCCCUAGCAUGGAACGUGAUUCUAUCAUUUAAAGCUCACAAAGAGGUUCUUGUCAAAUAGAAUCAGGGUUGCUGCUUUACUGGUUCUGAUGCUUAUUUAUUUGAGUCAGAGCUUAAACAAUCCAUAAACAUGCUCUAAUGAAGCUUCACAUGGUGGUUCUUGUCUCUAACAUCUUGGUCCCUUGUGGCGGAACAUAUUUGUUUGCUAGUCUAAGCCCUAGUGUGUACUGUAAUGGGUACGGUGACUUUUGUGUGAAAAAUCAGUCAUAGAUGUAAUGCUCGUAGUAUUGAUUGUUAUUGUCACCUUUAAACCUAUUAUUUCUGAUAAUUAGAAUUCUGAUAACUUUCUUGCUCUUGAACUCACUUUCCACUCGAGAAUGAAUGUUGGAAAUUCUUCAAUGACAUGUUCCUUUGAUUUUUGUGUAUAUAUGCGAUGGUUAUGGUAGGGAGUCAAUGGAAGGAUGUUGCAAUGUGGUUAACCUGCUUACCAUUUUGCAUGAUAAGGCAGGCAGAUGAACA